GCGCUCUUUACAUCGCUACGAUGUCGCAUGCUGCUGUUGUGAACGGCGAUAUGCCCUCAAAAAAGCUGAAAACACAAGAAAUGGGCAAGGUCACGGUUGUAAUUGGGGCUCAGUGGGGAGAUGAAGGAAAAGGGAAGUUAGUUGACUUAUUAGCAACGAAAUCAAAUGCCGUUUGUCGGUGUCAGGGGGGUAAUAAUGCAGGUCACACUGUCGUCGUUGGUGAUAAGAAGUACGACUUCCAUCUUCUUCCCAGUGGUGUGAUCAACAAGGACUGUUUGUCUGUCAUCGGAAAUGGUGUAGUUAUACAUCUGCCUGGGUUAUUUGAGGAAAUAGCCAAGACAGAAGGCAAAGGUAUUACCGAUCUUCGUGAGCGACUUGUGAUCUCCACCCGAGCACAUCUAGUCUUUGACUUCCAUCAACUUGUAGAUGGUGCACAAGAGCAACAUAGGGGAAACAAAUUAAUUGGUACAACCAAGAAGGGAAUUGGUCCGACAUAUUCAUCCAAGGCGAUGAGAAAUGGUAUACGGGUGGCCGAUUUAUUAGGUGAUUUUGAUGCCUUCACAGAAAAGUACCAUGGCCUUGUUAAUUUCUACAAACGAUUGUUUCCCAACCUAACGAUAGACACAGAGGGAGAACUAAAACAGCUGAAAAAUUCCCGAGAACUGUUGAGACCAAUGGCCAAAGACACUGUGAGUUACAUGAACUCGCUUCUCAAGGACACGAAAAAGAAAAUAUUGGUAGAAGGAGCCAAUGCUACAAUGCUGGACAUUGAUUUUGGCACCUACCCAUUUGUGACCUCUUCAAGUUGUAGUGUGGGUGGCGUCUGUACCGGCCUCGGCGUGCCACCCAGUAGUGUAGGUGACGUCUUCGGAGUCGUUAAGGCCUAUACCACUAGGGUAGGCGGUGGUGCUUUUCCUUGCGAAUUGUUAAAUGAUCUCGGUAAUACCCUACAAGAGAAGGGGCACGAGUUUGGCACGACGACGGGUCGCAGACGUCGAUGUGGUUGGUUAGACAUUCCGAUUCUGAGGUACUCCAACAUGGUCAACGGAUACACUGGAAUCUGCCUGACAAAGCUGGACAUCUUGGACGAGUUUGAGGAGGUCAAAAUUGGUGUGGAGUACAAAUUGAAUGGUGCUGUGAUGAAUUAUUAUCCAGAACUGCAGACAGAGUUGGAGGCUGUUGAAGUCGAGUAUGUGACUCUCCCAGGGUGGAAGCAGCCAACGGUGGACGCGAGGACCUUCGAUGAACUUCCAAAGAACGCACAAGAUUAUGUGUUGAAAAUAGAGGAGCUGCUUUCUGUACCAGUGCGAUGGGUUGGUGUUGGACAGUCACGAGAUAGCAUGAUUGAGCGGCCAGCUGCGGUUUAAGUUACCGCGUCAUUGACGAAAUGUCCAGAAACGCUAUCCACACAACUACAUCUUGCUGCACAGUUGAUUUUUACAAGAACUUCAUGGAGCCACUAUGAUUUCUCGACGAAUAGUUGGCAUUCCUGAUGAUACUGUAAACUCUAAACAUCUUAUCACCAACUUGAAAUCAAUAUGGUAAAGGCUUAAUUGGAACCAUCCCCGAUCACGGCCCAAAAAAGAUCACCAAUUGAUGAAAUAAGUGCUACUGUUUAAUGGAUUUAUAUUAUAGUUGAAUGCGAUCAAACGACGUCAUUUCUGGUCGACGUCAUCUCUGAUCGGGGAUUGUAAAUUUAAUGUGCUUUACCACUAGAAAAUUCACUGAUUUGUGGUUGGUAAAUAUCAAGGUUUCAGUUGUGUGAGAUGUCGCUUUCACUGGCCAAGGUGUUGGGAGUUUUUCGGCCUGCAAUUACAGACAUAUCGUACAGCUGCAACUGUUGACUUCAAUUAAACAUAUUUUCGCAAUGUGAAGAAAUUAUCCAUCUGAAUGUGGUUUUAACCUCUGUGAUAUGUGCCUAACCUUAAAGAGUCCUUAGUUUGCCUUUAGAAUCUUUCAAAAUACAGUUUACCUGUGAGACACCAAUAAGAUAAAUCGCUCCUGAGCAAAUUUUUGUGCCAAAAAAGUGCCGCAAGAAAUUAAUCGUGCAUUUUAAAAUCAGCCUUUCAAGGGGCAACAUGUAGUUUCUGGGUCAUAUUGAAUAUCAAUGUGACUAAGGUAAUGAAAAGCCGGGUAGUGCCAAUCUACUUACUUAAGUUUUUGAGAGAAUUCAUGAGUAAUGCCUUGCCAGUCCCCAAACCCUUUUUCUUGUCUGGUCAAUAUCUUUAUCUAUGAAUGAAUUAUGUUUUGACGAUGGUUAAGUUCCUAAGUUAAUAUGUGUUAUUUAAAGAAGAUGAAAUUGAUUUGAAUAAGAUGAAAUGGACUACACGUACAGGGGAGGUCAUCAUAUCAAAGAGAUUACUAUUUUACUAGCUCAGGGUGACAUAUCAUGGUCGUUUUGUAACAAAUUCCUACAUUUUAAUGAUCAUGUUAAUUGCUGUCAAUCAAUGUACAAUACUGUUGACCCAGAAAUGUUUGUGGCUUUUAUUUUCGCAUGAACAAACUGUCGAAAUUUCUAUGUCUGAGAAAAACAAAUCUCAGUUGAAAUUGCUGUUACAGGGUUGUAAAAAUGCUAAAUUAGAGGUAUGUUAAAGUUGCUAUUUCACAAAAGCACGAAAUAGGCGGUCGCAAAUGUUUCCAAGUUUGCAGCGUGUCUGUACCAGUAAGGGUUAACAAAUAUGAAUGAAAACAUUGUUGAUCUUGUGCAUUGAUUGAUAGCCAUUGUGUCGACAAGCCAAGUGUGUGAAUUUAUUUGUAAAUAUAAGAAGAAGAGGAGUACGAGAAGAAAAAAGUAGAUUUAUAAGCAAGUUAAUGAAUUUUUUAAUCGUGCGAAACAUUUCACUGCUAAUUCUUGAUCAAAUUUUGUACAGAAUUAUUAUUUUUAGCCUCAGUAUUGACGAGCUUAUCUGAAGUACAUCCGGUUCAUUUGCAGAACACUGUGAACCGGGACAAGUCUUGAUUUUAGCACGACUCAUUGUGUUUAUUCAUUAAAAGCCUCAACCUCAGUCUGCAUGAUGUUAAGUCCGUGCUACAACUACAAAGCGCUUCUGUGGACAGUCUUCUUUAGUUGUAGCCAGCAGUUGACCCUUUUAUUAACUCUGCAUGGAUUUCUUCUGGGUUUAGAAUUAUAUAUAGAUAAAUACAGCGGGUCUUGUCAAUUGGUUUUGGCUUCUCUAGGGAAGUGACCAAGUACUUUCAAUUGGUUCGGGCUUCUCUAGGGAAGUGACCAAGUACUUUCAAGUGGUUUGGGCUUCUCAAGGGAAGUGACCAAGUACUGACAAUUGGUUUGGGCUUCCCUAGGGAAGUGACCGAGUACUGUCAAUUGGUUUGGGCUUCUCUAGGGAAGUGACCAAGUACCGUCAAUUGGUUUGGGCUUCUCUAGGGAAGUGACCAAGUACCGUCAAUUGGUUUGGGCUUCUCUAGGGAAGUGACCAAGUACCGUCAAUUGGUUUGGGCUUCUCUAGGGAAGUGACUAAGUGCUGUCAAUUGGUUUGGGCUUCUCUAGGGAAGUGACCACUGUAUGUAACAUUGUGUUCUUUGCGGUGGUUUAGGGUUUUGCUGCAUGUGAUUAUGCGUUGUAAACUUUUCACGAUUGCUUUUAAUUUCAUACAAAUUCAUGGCUGUGCAAGUGCAUGUUGUGUUGGCAUGCAGGGACUACUCAAGUCAGAUGUCUCUUGUUAUCCAGCAAGCUGCCUCAUAUCUCUUUUAAGGACACUUCAUGCAUUGGCAGUUGGAAUUGAAUUACUAGUAUUUGACCCCAUCCUUCAACACUUGUGCGCAUGUAUAUAAUUCUGAUAAUCUGGUUUUCUUUCUGUAGCAUUAUAAUAUUAGGGGUGUUUUGAUUUGAAUAUUAUGAAUAUGUUAUGCUAAUGAUUCCACUCCUAUUCUGGGGUGGAGUAAAAAUAUAAAAUCCUUGUCUCAACUGACAUGGUCGUUUUUAUCAAUGUGAUCCAGUGAGGUUGUAGUUGGUUCAGUUUAUUAUAAGAACUGGUCUUGUGCAUGUGAGCUUUGCAUAGACAUACGAAAUGUCUGAAGUUUGGUGUUAGUUACAUAAUGGAUGCUGGAAGGUCAUAUAAAGAUGAUUCUUAUAUCUAUCGACAUCCCUCGAAUGUGAAAAAGUUGGUGGGGAAGAAAGUCUUAUGUUUUAUAACUUUUAAAUUGAGGUAGUGGUCUAGUUUUCCAGCCAUUGACAUGACACAUGGCUCGAUAAUUUAUCAAGCCGAACCAAGAGUUUGUUUUGUUGGACGUCUCCUUCAACAUGUUCAAGACCAAUAUGACUGGAAUGCUAAUUAAUUUGGCACAGCCAGGAGAAAAUGACGUAUUAUUUCCCCCUGGCAAAACCUAACACUUUGCAAGGAAGUGUUCUAGCUGUAAUAUUUUAUCACUCAAUAAACUAUCUGAAUACACAAA